AUGGGUGACGGACAGGCACUCGGCCUGGUCUACCUCCCAGUCGAGCUUCUCUACGACAUCUACACACUUGCGCUUUCGCCUGCUCUCCCCCUGACCUGCCGACACCUCCACGCGGUCUUCAAGUCCGCGCCGCUCACCCUGCACGCCCAAUACCUCAUACGAUCCUAUCACGAAUCUGCGAAGAACUCAGCAAGUGCCCGUGCCGUCGGCCUCGUCUCAAAGAUCCUCCGUUACCCCAUAUGCACUCGCGAAGUCCUCGAGGCGGUCUUCCGCAGCCCCGAGUGCCCCCAUAUACCCCCAUCCAAAGACGAAGACAGGGGGCACACUGUUCUACCCCGACAUAUCUUCCGUAACCUGGCCCCCCGAGAUGCGCCCGGCCAACGUCAGUGGACGGAGUUCGACGAGCCACUCCCGUUCCUGGAAUUCCUAUACACCGACCCGCGCAUUCCCCUCCCAGCAACGAACUCGUACGAGGGGUACGCUCUCACGCGUGCCGUGUACGCCGGUUUCACACCUCUGGUGCGCUUCCUCCUUGCCCACGACGCGGUACCCGCAUGCAAAGGAGACCUGGCGGUGACAGUCGCGAUCCGGCGCAAGAGCUUGCCGCUCGUGCGCAUGCUCAUAGAACGAGACGGAUCGGCGCCGGGGCCGACGUUCGGGAUUCUGGCGGGCGAGCCGAGGGGCGAGUCGAGGAAGCGACGACGGUCCGCCAAGGACGAAGAUGGCGGCGGAAAGGACAGCGGCAGGCGGUCAAAGAAGAUGAGGAUGGAGGCAGGCAACAAGCGGCGGAAACUCGGCGACAGACUAUCGGCCACCCCGGACAUGCUCAAAACCGCGAUCAAGUGCGACGCCCGAGACAUUGCAGAGUAUCUCAUGAAGGAGAAGGGUGUUGUUCCGGACAUGCAGACGGUGCUGAUGAUGGGUCGAUGAAUGCUGGGAGAAGGAUUGAAGCCUGUCGGCGUCGAUGUGGGCGCAUCGUUCAGAAGCUUGUCCUAUUGUUAUUCUCUAUUGAUUGUCUCAAGGCCC